UCUGAAAAUUAUGUGUGAUGACUGGCUCUGUACGAAGUUGGCCCAAUAUCUUAACUGCAAUGCACACGACUUCAAAGAGACGGCAAGUUACAUUCUUACCAUGGAAACGGCUAAAGAUGUCGAGGAGUAUCUUGCGACCUUGUUGGGUGAAAGCAGCAGGGCACGUGCUCUAAUCAAAGAUUUUCUUGUCAUGUGGAAACCUCCGAAUAGGAAGCUGGAUGCAUAUGGCGGCUCAUCCGGAUUGUCUGCUGAAGUGUAUGUUAAGCCCAAACUAGAAAAUGUGACGUAUAUGCAGGGAAAAGCGCAGAAGAGAAUGGAACAACAAGAAAGAUCAGAUUUGUCUCUGAAUUCUAAAGCGACUAAUGAUUCGAAAAUUGUGAAGUCGAAGCAACAUAAUCAAGUAUGGUUGUCUGGUCAGAAUCAAAGUGUGGGUGCUUCUAGUAACAAGAAACGGUCAAAGUUUGUAUCCAUUACUAGUCCCGAUGAUGUCAGUCGCCAUUCUGUACGGCUGCCCGGGCGUCAUACCUGUGACUGUCAGGCCCAGCAACACAGUUUAGUGAACAACUGUGUAUCUUGUGGGAGGGUGGUGUGUGAGCAGGAAGGUGCGGGACCGUGUACCUUUUGUGGCACUUUGGUGUGCUCGCCGGCCGAUCAGGAGCUAAUCAAGAGUAAUUCUAACAAAGGGAACAAACUACUGGAGAAAUUGAUGAAAGUGGACCAGCAUACAGCAUUAACAUCUAAGGAGAGAGUAACGAGAACACAAUUACGAAAUGAUGAACCUGGUGUUGAAAAGGCUGUACAUCAUCGAGAUAAACUGUUGGACUUUGAUCGAACGAGUGAGAGGCGCACGUGUGUGAUUGAUGAUGAAAUGGACUACUUUGCUACUGACACCAAUCAGUGGUUGUCAAAGGAAGAAAGAGAGGCACUGAGAAAGCGGGAAAACGAACUUCGGGAGUUGAGACAUGGCAUGAGGCGAAGCCAAGUGGUAACAUUGGACUUUGCUGGACGAAGAGUGAUUAAUGAACAAGAUGCAGCUGUUAACUCAAUGUAUGACGCAAAACAGGCAGAACUUGUGCAAACCAAGAAACAGACAUCUGAUAGAUCAGAAAAGGCAAAGCAGAAAGUUAAAGAGUCUUCUCUUGAGAACGAGCUUGUCAACCCUACAAUAUCUAUGCCUCGUCCAACUUUUCAGUCACCAAACGUGGAAAAGAAAAGCAAACCUUCUACAGUCAGUGGAAAGAAUCGAAGGGAUAAUAUGGUAAGAGUCAAUUUAAGAAUCCAAGACAAAGAACUGCAGGAAAUGAGAGACGAAGGGCUGUGUCUAAGCAUGCAUCAACCGUGGGCAUCUCUCUUAGUCUUUGGAGUUAAAAUACACGAGGGCCGUUCAUGGUACACUGCACACAGAGGACGACUUUGGAUAGCUGCCACCGCUAAAGUUCCAUCACCAGAAGACAUAGACAUGAUUGAAAAUGAGUACAGAGCUUACUAUCGAGAUGAAAACAUUUUGUUUCCGGAUUCGUAUCCAUCAAGUUGUUUACUUGGUUGUGUCGAUGUUGUUGACUGUUUGUCUGAAGAAGACUAUCGUAAAAAGUUUUCUUACGGUGAAUCAGCGUCUCCAUAUAUGUUUGUGUGUGAGAAUCCAAAGCAGCUAGUCGUUCGAUUGCCAGUUAAAGGACAACACAAGAUUUGGCGUCUUGAAAAACAGGUCCACAUGGCUGCAAAACUAGGAGUUCGACUGAGAUAACUGUCAAGUUAAUUAACUUAAAUACAAGAAAUACGAAUUAGGUUACUGUUAUUGAUAUCUGAUAUUAUUUAGUGACAAGAGUUCUAUUUGUUGAUUUACUGCA